AUGUCAGCGGCUGCAACAACGAAGAACAAAACACUCCAGCGACGCUUAGUCUCCAUCCCAUUCAAGACGUUGCCUAGAACAUUUCGCGAUGCAAUCACUUUUACUAGGCGACUUGGACUACAAUAUUUAUGGAUAGACUCCUUAUGCAUUAUUCAAGAUUCUUCGCAAGAUUGGCAACAAGAAUCGGCUAAGAUGGGAAAAAUUUACUCUCAUGCUUACUGCACGAUCUCAGCAGCCGCAGCAAGCAACUGUGAAGAAGGACUUUUUGCAUUACAUUGCGAGUUACCGUUGCUUCCUGUAACUCCUAACGCACCUGCGAUUCUUUUCAAAAUCUCUUUUCCCGGAUGGGAUAGUCUUUUUAAUAAAAGUACAUUAAUUCGAAGAAGUUGGACCCUACAGGAACGAGAACUUUCACCCAGAAUCUUACAUUUCACUAAACACACUUUGCUCUUCGAGUGCCGAGAGGCUCGUAUAUCCGAUCAUAAUCAUGAAUUGAAUAGUAAUCAAUGGGUUUUGAAAUCUAGUCUAUCACGAUAUUUCUUGAACUCGAGUGUACGAUGUCUCGACAAAAUCCACAGUGGUAGCGUUACUGCACCACACCAUGAUUUGGUAACUGAAAAGUAUUAUGAACUAUGGCGAAGGAUGGUGCAGGAUUAUAACAGCCGUCAACUGACGCAUCGCACAGACAAGUUCCCGGCACUCUCUGGUCUCGCCCUUGAAUUUGCAUAUCUUUUGAAUGAUGAAUAUGCAGCAGGGCUAUGGCGAAAGGAUCUUCUGAGAGGCUUGUGUUGGAAAUGGUCAUCGAACGGCGCUAGAAAGCAAAGUGCGAUUCAUUAUGGGCCUUCAUGGUCAUGGGCUAAAAUGGAUGUUUCCAUAACAUAUGGACUCAUUCGAGAAGACCGAGUUUUCGAAUCGAGAAGUGAACGAGGACAAUUCGUUCAUGUACCCGUAGAUUCGCGAUUUAGCGAUCCGGAAAUCUUACAUGUUAGUAUUGUUCCGGAGGGAAGAGAUCCUCGUGGAACUUUGAUCUCAGGGAGGAUAUAUCUUCGCGGACAACUGCUUCACCUGCGACGAUCUAAAGCUGGCGAUUAUUCAAUUGAUGGCGAAUCAUUACGAAUUAUUUUUGAUUAUUUACCUCAACCACUAGUAAACCUUUACCUUCUGAGCUUGGGCCGGACGAAUGUGGGUUUGGUUCUUCAGGUAUUCGAAGCAGGUAGCAAAGAAUAUAUUCGAGUAGGCGUGAUUGCUCCUACUGAAUGGGAAUGGUUCCAAGACAUUGAAUCUGAGGAUUUAACACUAGUUUGA